AUGGCAUCUUCAAAUCUUAUGUCAAAUGUUCCUGGGAGUAGGAUUAGUGGCUGGAAUGGUCUUCCACCAGAGAUUCUGACAUGGAAAACCAUCAACCAGGAGGUGGAAAGCAUGAACUAUAUUCGUUAUGUGAUGGAAAUGAUUGAGGAGAAAGAGGAAAUUCCAAUUGUUGAACUUGGUGAUCAUCUGUAUUUUGUGGGCUUCCAGUUUCAUCCCGAGUUCAAGUCUCGGCCGGGAAAACCUUCUGCACUUUUCUUAGGUGUUCCAAACCAAAUGGAUGAAUUGGUCCUGAGUUGUGGCUGGAAAGGUGAGUUGUGGCUGGAUACUAAAGUGUUGGGAGAACGUAUGUAUUCAGCUUUUGAGCAGAUGUCUGCCUCAUAUGUCGUGGGUCACACUCCAUAUUACUGCUUGCAGCAGAAGCAGAAAGUGGUGCUGAUUUGUAUUUGCUGCCUGGAUUCACCUCUAAUAAAGGAAAUGGAAGAAGCCUCAUGA